CCGGUACCUGCCCUCCUUCAUCGACUCUCCCACUCUUGCUCUCCAGCCUCGGAAAAAAAAAAAAAGAGAAUCCGCUUGUGAGCACCCACACGCUACUCGCCUAAUCCCUGUGGGUCUUGUGUCGUUACCUUUUGCUACGGUACCGUAGGUUGGUUCGACAACGACUCCGUGAGCGCAACGAACCGCGGGGACGUGCCCUAAUACUUGAGUACUUGUCAUCCGUACUCGCGGGUACCGUGCCACAGCCUGCCGUGCUCUCCCCCCCAACAGCCGCGAGUGGGUAUAGCGGGCAAACACGAGUUGUGCCUCCACGUCCUCAUCGCCCGCAAUUCAACGUUUUCUACGAGCGUCAAUUCAACUCCAUCGGGGCUUGUCAACCGGCUAAGCUCAACCCAGCCCUCGUUUACCCCUGGUCCAAUUAGUGCCUCGGAGGAUUGAAGCGCGAUUCAAACAACGCGAAAAAAAAAACACCCUCUGAUCCGCAGAUUCCACCAUGCCGCCAAAGCGCAAGCGAGUUAGUGAGAACGCGGUGGAGCCGCUAGAGGAACAGCAGAGUGAGCCAUCGGUCAACAAUAAUCCACCUCUACUGGUAUCGGAUUGCCCCUUCACCGUGGAGUACAAGGCCGCCCCUCCGGCGGCAAAGAAGAAGAAGAAGAAGAAGGGUGGUGCUGGUAGCGCUGGUAGCGGACACGCGCCACGACAGGCCAAGAGGUACACCAAGUCUGGAGUUCCAAUUAAUCCAGUGGGGGCAUCGCGGAAGCAUCAGGAGAUUGAUAGGGAGGUACCGUUUGAUUCUACGCUCUAUGCCAUCAAGCCAAGGAAGCAAUGGGAUCAGUUGACAAAGUACCGGAGUUUUGUCGGUACGUUCUUUCGAUCCCCUCUCCUUGCGCUUCAUGGCUAAUGCAAUUCAUACAUAAAGUCGGGACGGAAAAUUUCGCCCUAAACGAGCACAUUUUCGUGAACCAUAGCAAUAUUCCCCACGGCACGGACCUGGGAGCCUCGGAUGACAAGAAAUUCUGGGUGGCUCGAGUGCUGGAGAUUCGUGCUAUCGACGAGUCCCACGUGUACCUGCGUGUGUACUGGCUCUACUGGCCAGAGGAGCUGCCCGGUGGGAGACAACCCUACCACGGGGCGAAGGAGAUCAUCGCUAGUAACCAUAUGGAGAUCAUAGAUGCUAUGACUGUUAGUGGCAGGGCGACCGUCAAACAUUGGAUGGAAUUGGACGAGGAGGAGGAUCUGCCGGAUCUCUUUUGGAGGCAGAAAUUUGAUUACCCUACCCAGACGCUUAUGGUACCACCACCCUUUCAAUAUGUGAAGGCGGGGCUAAUAGUGGCGGUAUAGGAGGUCAGAGAGCAUUGCAAAUGUCGUGGCUAUUACAACCCCGAUAAAAUAAUGUACGCCUGCACCUCGUGCAAAAUGUGGCUGCACGAAGAGUGCCUGAUAGCGGACAUCAGGAAGAAACUUUGCAAAGAGAUAACCGAAGGCCCGCCCUCCCCUACUAACGACAGCCAAUCGGAAGAAGACUCGGAAGAGGAAGAUGAGAGCGUCACUACCACAAGCAAAGCCCGGGGAAGCAAUCGCACUCCCGCAGUGGUAGCCACUGCCUCGAAUUCGAAAACCCUAGCCUCGAAAUCCCCCGGCGCGAGGGGGAAGAAUGCCACGGCGGGGACCGAAAAGGGUGACUUUUUCCAUGUGGUUAUUCAUCCGGAGGUCAACGGACCUGUGGUGGCCGCUGUCAAGGAUCUUAGGAGCAGGAAGGAGUGGGGCGAUAGAGGGGGUAAGUGGGAAGAGGGGGUUGGAUGUUUGGGAUGUGGGAGUGUUAUUUCUUGAGGUGAUCUGAUUUGUCUGGGAACACCGGGGUUGGAUGUAUAUUCCUCCUUUGCUUUGCUUUUUUUUCCCUCUUGCUUUUCUUUGCUGGGUAUCUUCCUUCUUCCAUACCGUACUUGAUUGAGGUUUGUGGGUUUGUGAGUCGGUCGGUUGGUGGUUGGGGUGUGUACUCCGACUUUUGCCCCUCUCCUCUGAUUUUGCUUGGUCAUUCGGGUUUCCUCCGCUCGAUGGCUGGAUUUGCUUGCUUCCUUUUUAAUCAAUUGCUCUUCCCCCCCCCCCGCUCUGCCUCUCUAUCGAACCAAGCGAGCAAGUGGAUGUUAUCACACCCUUUCCCCCUUAGUAAUACCUGGUUUACGGUGGUGCAUUUGCCAUCAUACGUUUGGUAUUUCCACUUGUUAGCUUGUCUACUGUGCAGUAUUUCCUUUGUUCUGUGUGAACUUGCCUACUGUCGAUAACUACGGUAGCCUAACUUGUCAUUAAAAAUACAUAUAUACUAGAAAUUGGCCUG